GUCAACUUGGUCAUAGAACUGCAAGGUUUUUGGGUAAAACUUGGACAGUACUUAUCCACACGUGCUGAUGUUAUUCCUCAUGCAUAUAUAUCACAUCUCAAGCAGUUACAGGACGCUCUUCCUCCUCGUCCCAUACAACAGGUUUAUCAGACUAUAGAGAAAGAAUUGGGCAAAUCCAUUGAUGAUCUUUUCUCAUAUUUUAAUCGGACUCCUUUGGCAACAGCAUCAAUUGCACAAGUCCAUCGUGCAAUGCUUUAUAAUGGGAAGAAGGUGGUUGUUAAAGUUCAACAUGAGGGCAUUAAGACAAAGAUGUUGGAGGACUUAAAGAUUGCCAAGUCAAUUGUUGACUGGAUAGCGUGGUCAGAACCACAGUAUAACUUUAAUCCCAUGAUGGAUGAAUGGCGCAGGGAAGUUCCGAAAGAAUUUGACUUCAAUAUUGAAGCUGAGAAUACAAGAAUCGUUGCUAGUAAUCUUUGCAAAAAGAACAAUGAUGAUGGCAAGCCUGUGAAAUCAGUGGAUGUUUUGAUUCCAGAGGUUAUUCAGUCAAGUGAAAAGGUCCUGAUUUUAGAGUAUAUGGAUGGGAUUCGUUUGAAGGACAAUGAAUCUCUUGAAGCUUACGGUGUUGACAAGCAAAAAGUUGUUGAAGAAAUAACACGAGCCUAUGCCCAUCAAAUAUAUAUUGAUGGAUUUUUUAAUGCUGACCCACAUCCCGGAAAUUUCCUGGUGAGCAAGGAACCUCCACAUCGUCCAGUUUUGCUCGACUUUGGCUUUGCGAAGAAAAUAUCAACUUCUACGAAACAAGCACUAGCAAAAUUGUUUCUUGCAUCUGCAGAGGAGGACCAUGUGGGUCUUUUGUCUGCCUUUGCAGAAUUGGGGCUCAGGCUGCGCCUGGACAUUCCAGAUCAGGCUAUGGCAGUAACUAAUUUAUUUUUUCGCACUUCAACACCAGCAAGUGAAGCUUCUGAAAACUUGAAAUACUUGGCCGAGCAAAAAUCAAAACAAAUGAAAGCGAUACAGGAAAAGAUGAAGCUCAAUGAAAAAGAAUUUAAACGCUUUGACCCAAUUGAUGCGUUUCCUGGAGAUGUUGUAAUAUUUUCACGGGUCCUUACUCUUCUAAGAGGGCUUUCAUCCACAAUGAAUGCUCGGAUUACAUUUCAAGAAAUCUUUAAACCAUUUGCAGAAUUUGCCUUACUAGGAAACGUUAAUAAGGGACCAGCAGUUAAUGCACAAUGGAUCUACAAUACACCAUCUCAUUCUGAUGUGGAGAUAAAGUUGAGGAAGCUCUUAGUUGAGCUGGGAAAAGAAGAAAAAAUACUUGGAAUCCAGGUAUGUGCGUACAAAGAUGGCAAUGUUAUUAUUGAUACUGCUGCGGGAGUACUUGGUAGAUAUGAUCCUCGCCCGGUUCAGCCUGAUACCCUUUUUCCAGUGUUUUCUGUAACAAAGGGAAUCACGGCAGGAAUGAUACAUUGGCUGAUUGACAAUGGAAAAGUCAAACUUGAUGAAAAUGUUGCUAAUGUGUGGCCAGAAUUUGGAACAAAAGGAAAAGAUCAGAUAAAGGUUUGUCACGUUCUAAACCAUACAUCUGGUUUGCACAAUGCCUUGGCCAAUCUUAAAGGAGAAAAUCCUUUGCUAAUGUGUGACUGGGAAGAAUGUAUGAAUCAAAUUUGUACGUCAGUGCCUGAGACAGCACCUGGCCAGGAGCAGUUGUAUCACUAUUUGUCUUUUGGUUGGCUAUGUGGUGGAAUAAUAGAGCAUGCCUCUAGCAAGAAAUUUCAAGAGAUUCUUGAAGAAGCAAUCAUUCGACCCCUCAAAAUUGAAGGCGAGCUAUAUGUUGGAAUUCCUCCUGGUGUGGAAUCUCGACUUGCAAGUCUGACGGUAGAUAUGAAUAAUCUCAGCGAUCUUUUAGAGAUAAGCAGUCGUCCUGACCUACCAUCUUCUUUCCACCCAACCAACAUUUCUCAACUAGUGACUACCAUGCCAGCUUUAUUCAACUUGUUGAAUGUUCGCCGUGCAAUCAUACCUGCUGCUAAUGGACAUUGCUCCGCCCGUGCUCUUGCACGCUAUUAUGCAACCCUUGUUGCCGGUGGCAUAAUCCCACCGCCACCUUCCACUUUCUCCAAGCCACCACCACUUGGUAGCCUUCCCCACAUUCCUCAGUUUACUUCUGAGAAUGCCUCUAAAAGGGGAAAAAGUAAAACUAGCGGUGGCAGUGCCAGUAAUGCUACCGCUAGUGCAGCUGACAACUUUGCAAGCGGUGAUGAUUCUCAAAAAACUAAUGUUGAGAGGAUUUUUACAAACCCUAGAAUUCAUGACGCAUUCUUGGGCGUGGGGGAGUACGAGAAGUUGGCCAUACCGAAUGGAAAAUUUGGACUUGGAUUUAGGAGGUUUAUUUUAAAUGAUGGAUCCUUUAGUGGAUUUGGGCACUCCGGCAUGGGGGGAUCCACAGGUUUUUGUGAUAUCAAAAACAGGUUUGCCAUUGCAGUGACGCUGAACAAAAUGUCGUUUGGGGGUUUGACAAGACAAAUCAUUCAGCUUGUUUGUUCAGAGCUAAAUGUCCCAUUGCCGGAGGAUUUCUCAAUUUCUGGCAAUAGAGGACCUGAUGUACUAUUAAAUAUUGGGGGAUCACUGAUUAAUUAAUAUAUGAGAAAAAUCUCACUUUGGUACUUA